AUGGCAUCUACGUCUGCAUCCCCGUCCCUUAGCUCCAACUCGACUCCCAACAUCUCCGCAUCCGACGCCGUCCUCCACCUCAACAGUGCUACGCGCAUUGACGCACCCUUACAAGAUGUCUGGAACGCCCUAAUCGACACCUCAACCUGGCCAAGAUGGAACACCUUUGUUCCGCGCGUCACCAUUCGCGAACAACCAGACACCCUCGAUGCCUCUCCCGACGCCCUCUCCCCGAUCCUUCAAAAGGGAACCAAACUGACCUUUCACGUACACAUGUAUCCCUCGUCAACUAAACCACAAAGGGUAAACGAUACACAGCUUGCAGUCAUCGAGUUUGAACCGCCCAAUCCCAGCGCCAAGAAUGCCGGGCGGAUUGUGUGGGCCAGUGACCCCAGUGCCAAGGGCGGAUUUCCUGCGUCGCUGCUGACGGCGGAAAGGGUACACGAGAUUGUGGAGGUAGAGGUUCCAGGGGAAGAUGGGCAGAUGAGGCGGGAAACUGAGGUGCGCAAUUGGGAGGCCCAGGUUGGGUAUCUGGUGUAUAUUGUGCGAUGGAUGUUUGGGGAUCGAUUGAAGGAGAACUUUGAGAUUUGGGUACGGGACUUGAAAGGGUACGUUGAGGGGAAGUCAUCCGGAGCUUGA